AUGGCGAAAGACCCUGAUCAACUAGGCAGCGCCUCGCUCACCUCUCCUCAUCAACAUGCGAAAUCCACAGCACUCUUGGACAUGUCCAACUUUGACAUAAAUGCUGUUCUUCGAGGCAUGCAGCUUACCCUAGUUGGCGCUCAUCGAGCACUUCAGAAUCCCGCCAUGUUCACCAGCGACCACUACAGGCAGGCGGCGUAUGCCGUAGCUAUUGGCAUUGCAAUACGCCUCAUCGUUUCCAUUCCAAUUGCCAUCGUCAAAUUCACCAUCUGGCUGCUUUCGUUCGUUCUUCCUUUAGAAUCUGCGACCUGGGACGACUCUCUCCUCAAUGGCCUCGAUUUCGUGGCUGAAUACGUGUUGCAAAUUCCCUUCUUUCUAAUGGUACUCAUGCGGUACAUGGUGCCGACCCUAGACAACCUGUAUGGCUUCAAUUUCACCUCUCGUACUGACGAAGGCGCUGACCGGCUAGAUUCAUGCAAUCCCUCCACUGGGUUGAUUUGA